CGUAUCCUCCAUUCCGCCAUUCCCAAAAUCCCCCAAAACCUCUCCUUCAUUGUGAUCCUGUAGUCGGUUAGCAGUACUCAAUCCGGAGAUUGCUUUUAAGUAUUGGAGUUGGCAAUGUGUGGUUCUGGUCAUGAAUUGUGCAGCCAAGUUUCGAUUUUGAUGCUGGUUUAGACUGAUGCAUGUUUAGUUAUCUCUGCUGCCCAGAAAUUAUAUUGUAUGGGUUAUGCUAUGAGUAAGCUCGAAUUGGAUCCCAAUUUGCGUGACAAUCGACAGACCAGCGAUGGAGCUCAUGUAAGACAAAGGCAUGAUGAAGAUUUUGACAUCGAUAAUGAGAUUUUUUAUCUCAUUCGUCUCAGAUCAGAACCCAGUGAAAGCACUCGUAAGUCCACACAAGCCCGGCGGAAGAUACCAAUUUCGACAGUUAGAAUGUUGUCGGGAAGGGAGGCCAAUUGCUCUGGAAGGGGGAGGUUCUCUUUAUCCGAUCGCUCUUAUGUUCUUGGUAGGUAUUUGCCUGUCAAUGGUCCAUGGUCUGUGGACAGGAUGGAUACUCGAGCAUAUGUUUCUCAGUUUUCUGCUGAUGGCACACUUUUCAUUGCUGGAUUUCAGGGGAGCCACAUCAGAAUAUAUGAUGUUGAUAAUGGAUGGAAAGUACGAAAGGACAUUCUUGCGAAAAACCUACGCUGGACAAUUACGGACACAUCUCUUGCUCCCAAUCAGCGCCAUCUUGUUUAUGCCAGUCUGUCACCUAUUGUCAACAUUGUCAAUGUGGGAACUUCUACAACAGAAUCGUAUGCCAAUGUUACUGAUAUUCAUGAUGGUUUGGACUUCAGUUUGCAUGAUGAUGUGGUCUACUCCUUCAAUAUUUUUUCUGUAAAAUUUUCAUCUGAUGGUCGAGAGCUUGUUGCUGGCAGCAGUGAUUGUUCAAUAUAUGUUUACGACCUUGAAGCAAAUAAACUGACAUCACGUAUUCCAGCUCAUUCGUCUGAUGUGAACACAGUAACAUUUGCUGAUGACACUGGCCAUCUUAUAUAUUCAGGGAGCGAUGAUAAUCUUUGUAAGGUGUGGGACAGGCGGUGCUUUACCACUAAAGGACAAGUAGCUGGAGUUUUGACCGGACAUUUAGAAGGAGUUACAUUUAUUGACAGCCGGGGUGAUGGUCGCUAUUUCAUUUCUAAUGGUAAAGAUCAAACUAUCAAAAUGUGGGACAUCCGGAAAAUGUCCUCCACUGUUAAUUGCUUCAGACCAAGAAUAUCUAAUUGGGAUUAUAGGUACACCCAAUAUCCACCCGACAAGAAAUAUAUGAAACAUCCCAGUGAUCAAUCGUUAGCCACAUACAGAGGUCAUUCAGUUUUGCGUACUUUGAUACGUUGCUAUUUCUCCCCUGCUUACAGUACCGGUCAGAAGUACAUUUAUACAGGAUCUCAUGAUGCAUGUGUUUAUAUUUAUGAUGUGGUUAGUGGAGACCAAGUUGAAAGACUGGAUGGCCAUCAAUUGGCUGUUAGAGACUGCAGCUGGCACCCUUACUAUCCUAUGCUUGUCAGCUCUUCAUGGGAUGGCCGAAUUGCUAGAUGGGAAUUCUCAGGGAAUGGUGAAGUCUCUGACUUGAUUGAUAGAUCCAGGGGGCCUAUCAGAAGCCAGAUGUUCCGUGUAAUGUAUCUGUAAGUAAAGAUGUAGUACCUUCAACAAUUGAAAUAAUUAUGAACUAGCUGAUGAGAGCAAGCAGCUAUUGGGUGUAAAGAAUGAGCAACCACUGUAAUUAUGUAAAUAAUAGUUCUUAAGGAACAUAAAGGCUACUUUAUCAUAGUUUGAUCAUCUCCGAGCGUGUGGCUUCGACCAUCCAUGAAAUGCACAUCAACCACAGUAUGAGAUGAUUUAUAGUGAAUAUAAUUGGUGAGAUACUUUCAUUCAGGUGGAGAAAAAGAAAAAAGGAGCAAGUGUGUUAGACUAAUGAUUGACUGCACUACUAAGUAGUGGCAAUAAAUAAUUAUAAUCUGACUUAA